AAAAUGCGCCGUUGCCCCUCGCAACACUGAGAAAACGCUGGUUAGCAAGCUGGUCUCAGGAUGAUAAACAUCGACUGAAUUAAUGCUAGCUUUCAAAUAGUAAAGAAAGAUUCAGGAAAUAAUGCGUAAAAUAAGUACAGACACACUGUGGGAUUUGGCUGCAGAUGAGGUACGGGCCAGAGAGAAAAGAAAUGGACACGACCAUGAUGAUGAUGAUGAUGAUCAUGAGGAAGGUGGUCACGCUCCCUGCGAGAGGACUGUUUUCUUUAUGGGCAGUAAAACUGGGGGUAAAACAACAAUACUGUUCAGGUGUAUUGACAGAGAUGAAGCCCCCAAGCCAACCCUGGCUUUGGAGUACACAUUCGGUAGGAGAGCCAGAGCACACAACACACUUAAAGAUGUAGCUCACCUGUGGGAACUGGGAGGAGGCACAUCUUUAUCAGAUCUUGUGCAGAUACCAAUCACUCCUCAGAACCUCGGCACACUGUCACUGGUGUUGGUACUGGACCUGUCUAAGCCCAAUGCACUCUGGGCCACCAUGGAGAAACUUCUUCAGGCAGCUCUAAACCAAGUGGAAAAGGCAUUUGCUUUAACCAAGAGGCCAGGAGAAUCCAGACCCAUUAAACAGCCAAACCAAAGCAGUGCAUUGCGUAUCCUCCCCAAAGACCACCCAGACAGAGAGCUGAUCAGCCCUUUCCCUGUGCCUCUUCUUAUGAUCGGUAGCAAGUUUGACAUUUUUCAGGAUUUUGAGUCGGACAAGAGGAAGGUGAUUUGUAAGACCCUACGUUUUCUGGCUCAUUACUAUGGUGCAUCCCUGAUAUUCACAAGCAGUAAAUCAGAGACCACCAUGUCUAAAGUCAAGAACUUCUUCAAUCAUCUAGCUUUUGGGACUGAGAGAGGGAAGUACUUGUCUACAGACCACAGCAAACCUCUUAUAAUUCCAGCAGGCAUGGACUCUCUCAGUCAGAUAGGAUCUGUUGAUGUUGAUCUCGGAGCGCUGCAUGCCAAAACUCCACUGGAACUGUGGAAAAAAGUCUUUGAAAGGUUUUUUCCCCAAGAGAGCACUAAUGAACGCAAAGAAUUGAAAGAUCCAGCCAAAGACCCGCAGUACAGUGAGCCUCUUAUAGAUGCCAUGAGAGCACAGAAAGACCAGGAGCUGGAGCAGUAUAAGCGAGAACAGGCAAAGUCAUGGAAAGGCUUGACCCUGGAGUCCUAGAGCAACAGAAAGUCACCCCAAAAACUCAGCAAUAGUGUAUGCUAUUUCUAUAUUUUUCUUAUUUAUAUUUUCUGAAAAAGAAUUUGCGGUUCUGUUCCUCAUUCAUACGCAGUGCCUAGCUGAAGCACAGGCCAGAGACACUGCUCUGAUGGCUUGCUAUAACAUGUUUUUAUACUAGAUUUCUGAACAUUUGUAGCAAAUAAUGUAAAUAUACAAUAAGUGAUUGCAUCAAAGCUUAUUCCAUUUCAUGAAAUAUCUAUUAUUAUGGGCACCCUUUAGGAAAAUGAGCAGAAAUUACUAUUUAAAAGCAGUGACCUCAGUUGCACAGAUGAUGAGGGAAUUCUACAGCUGUGCAAACUCUUAUCUGUCAAACGAAACAGUUUCUAGAAAUUAAGGAGGAAGGAUGUUUUUAGGAGACACUUUGCAUUUUCUGAAAUAUUUUAGCGAGUCAGCAGUUUCCACCCAAAAGAACGUUUCAUUUCUAGAGGAAUCAUUUUGUUAGAGGAAAUGUGUUGAAUUUAUGCAACAGUUCUCUAUAAGGAUGCCAUCAUUCUGGUUUUGGAAUGUUAAUAUAAAAUGUGUCUAUGUAUUUUUUUCUGACUUCUGAAAUAGAUGUCAAAUGAUUAUAAAAGUCUUUUUUUUUGUGUGUGAAAAAGUUUCAGUCAUGAUUUCGA